AUGGCUGCGACGAUUGAUCGCCCUUUUCACGAGUCGAUCGCGGGCGGGCCUGCGACCGAUGCAGCUUCGAUCACACCUCCUCACAGCGUCAACGGCAGGAAGGAUGCCCCGGAUGGUGUCCCAUCCGAGCUCUCCGACCUCGAGCUUGAUUCCAAGGCUGUUGGCGCCCAGGAGGCCCCGUCGAUCGAGGAUGCGGAGGAGUUAGAGGAGAUAGAACCGGACCACUACUAUGGAGGCGGCAAGAUACCUGUCUUUAAGCCUACGAUGGACCAGUUCCGCGAUUUCCAGACUUUCAUCAACAGAAUCGAUAAAUAUGGUAUGCGCUCUGGAAUUGUCAAGGUUAUUCCGCCUAAGGAAUGGCGCGAUGCCCUUCCUCCUCUCGACGAAGCGGUAAAGAAGAUCCGCGUGAAAAAUCCGAUUAUGCAGGAAUUCCACGGCUCCCACGGAACAUAUACCCAAGCCAACAUCGAAAGACAAAGGUCAUAUAACUUACCCCAGUGGAAAGGACUUUGCGAAGAUGGAAGCCACCAGCCGCCAGCUCGUCGAGGAGAACGGAGAAGAAACCAGGAGCGUGUCACCAAAGCGCCUGCGGCUCCCAAACCCCCUACGACCCGGUCGGACACUCCAAAACGAGGACCGGGCCGACCGCCUAAGCGAUCGAACCAGGCUAAAGCUAAAGAGGAACCUAAAAUCAAGGAGGAGCCCGUCGAGGACAGUAUCGACAAGACCAAACCCGAGGGCCCGCCGACACCUGUCUCACCGGAGUCCAACCCCGUUGAGACCAAGUCCGAGGAUCUCAGCGACGGCGAGUCUUUGUCUGCAUCCAAAUCUAGAGGCCGACAGCCCAGGUCUGUCACUGCUCGAAGGAAGCAGAAUAAGGGCGAUGCGGUCGACCACGUGGAUGAAGAAGCGUUCAAGGACUUUAAUUAUCGCAUCACUGAUAACGCCGAGUACACAUAUGAGCGGUGCGAAGAGCUCGAAACCGCAUACUGGAAGUCUCUGAUGUUCAACAACCCCAUGUAUGGUGCGGACAUGCCCGGUUCUCUCUUUGACGACAACACGACAUGUUGGAACGUUGCCAAAUUACCGAAUCUCCUUGAUGUCAUCGGACAGAAGGUACCCGGUGUCAAUACAGCAUACCUGUAUCUUGGUAUGUGGAAAGCGACGUUCGCGUGGCACCUGGAAGAUGUAGAUCUGUACAGUAUCAACUAUAUCCAUUUCGGUGCCCCGAAGCAAUGGUACAGUAUCUCUCAGGAGGAUGCGCCCCGUUUCGAACAGGUGAUGAAGAGCAUCUGGCCUAGUGAUGCAAAGACUUGUGACCAGUUUCUUCGACACAAGACGUACCUCGUAUCGCCGAGUCUUCUCAAAUCCCAGUACGGAAUUACAGUCAACAAACUGGUACACUACGAAGGCGAGUUUGUGAUAACAUACCCAUACGGGUACCAUUCCGGCUACAACCUCGGGUACAACUGCGCCGAAUCCGUCAACUUUGCGACUGAAAAGUGGAUGGAUUACGGUCGUGUCGCGAAGAAAUGCAAUUGCGAAGCCGAUAGCGUCUGGAUCGAUAUUGAGGACAUUGAGCGUAAGCUUCGCGGUGAAGCGACUCCCGAAUAUUACGGCGAAUUCGACAGCGACCUUGACGGGGUUGAGGGCGCUUCCGAUCUCCUAACCCCGCCACGUAGUGUCCCUGAAAAGACCUCCACUCGUGGUCGUAAACGCAAGCUUGAUGGUGACACCACCAAGGCCAAGCGCAUGAGGAUGAGCAUGGAUAUCCCACGGAAAAUCCCCUGCCUUUUGUGCCCUAACGAUCUCGACUAUGAAGACCUGCUGCCUACCGAGGAUGGUAAAUCCCACGCCCACCGACGCUGCGCUCUGUACACCGAAGAAACCAGUAUCCUCCGCGAUGAAACCGGCAAAGAAGUGGUUUGCGACAUUGAUAAGAUCCCCAAGGCCCGGAUGGGGCUCAAGUGCCUUUUCUGCCGCGAGGUGCGCGGGGCUUGCUUCCAAUGCAACUUCGGCAAAUGCACCCGCUCCUAUCAUGCUACGUGCGCUCUUUUAGCGGGUGUGCAGGCGGAAGAGGGUCAAGUUGCAGUUGUUGCGGACGAUGGAAACCAGUAUUCUGUCCCUAGUGUUGACCUCAAGUGCAAAUAUCAUCGCCAGAAAAGGCCGACAUGGAUGACCAGCAGUGAGUCACCGGAGAACGACCGUAAACUCAUUGAGACCGCCAAGCGUCUUGUCAUUGGUGAUCUAGUGCAGUUCCAGGUGGACAAAGAGAUCAAUGGCGCAGUGAUACUUGAGAACCGACCGACCGAACGCACCUUGCUGGCCAAGAUGCUUCCACGAGGGGACGUAAUCGAGUUACCAUACCGCUGGAUGCUCGUCGUACGAAGGAGCAAUUUCGCUCCCCUGGCAGCGGGCAUCAAGCCACUCCCCGUGCAUCUCGCCCGGAAGCCCGAAAGUCGGAGCCACUUGGAGUCAGCGCUGCCGGUGGCAGGGAAUCCGUUUGGCGAUGGGCGAUCUCCGUAUCAGUGGGCCGAGUUUGAGACGGUGGACAGCACUAACCAUCCUGCUGCCCCACCCAAUGUGCAGGUCAACCUGGACAAGGGAGAACAGAUCUGGUAUUAUAUGGGCCAGUCAUCGACCGAGUGUAGGGCACAAUAUACGCACAACCCUAGCGUGCCCGUCCACAACCCGCGGUCGAAUUUCCUUGACAGCGUCAAGUCCCUUGGCGCCGUGAUGGCCCGACUCCCCUACCCCCACCACCGUCUGCCACCCUAUGUUUUGACUGCCCCUCCUCCUCACCUCCUUUCUUCUGCCGCCGCAACCACCACCGCCUCCGCUCUCGCUGUCCCUGCUGCUGCUGCUGCUGCCUUCCGCCCUUCGCUGCCGCAGCGCCCUCCUUUUGCCCCUCCCCCUCGCUCGUCUCCCGCCGUCCCUCCUCGCUCUGCUGCUGCUGUUGCUGCUUCUGCGAUGCCGUCAGCCUAUCGCUCCUUGCCAAAUCAAUCAGCCCGUCAUGCUCCGUACCCGCAACUUACCAAGUCCCAUCUUCAAUCCCAACAGCAGCACAGUCAUCAGCAGCAGCAGCAGAACACGAACGGCUCCGCCAACAACACCAGUCACCUUCCCGCCAAUAAUUUUGCCAAUGUUCGCGAGCUCAUUGCCCGCCGCCGUCUGCUCCAGAUCACCGACCAUGCCAAUGUAUUCGCCGGGUACACAAUUGUCGGUCCAGAACUGGUCGUAGAGACCCUUCUGGGGCCCAUGGGCUCCGUGCCGCCGUCCAAUGGUCUCGAGAAAUUGGAGCUCGCCAUGGCUCAGCAACGUGUCCAGCCCCGUGCCCCCGACGGAACCGUCCUCCCCAUGCAGCCCCUGAACAUGCGUUCCGAAGAAGUCACACGGCUAUUGCAGAUGCUCCGGUUCUCCCUCAUCAGUCAUCGCGACCGCUUGGAUGUGCUUCAGAAGAAGGAAUCGGAGACCGUGAAACAGGAGACUGCCAACAAGACGAACGGGGUGACUCCAAAGGUGCCCAAGACGUACGCAUAUCUUGAGCUACAGCGUGAGCAGGCUCCCGCUGUCUAUCGAUCUCCUUAUGAUAUGCCGUCAGGCUUCACGGAAUACGCCCGGACGACGUAUGGUCUCACCCGCCAUGAGCCGGAGCUGCCCAAGCCUUCCUUAGCCAACGAUUACUUCGCCAGCCUCUCUCCCGAGAACCAGGAGAAGAUUCUCAAGACUUGUGGGAGCUUCGUGCAACGGGCAAUGGAACGGUCUGCCCCUCAUAGCCGACAAAGCUCAAGCUCGAACCUCCGACUUUCAUCGGCAUUGGCUCAACAAACUGAGAAUCCGACCAUUGAUAUCACAACGGUUGAGGAUAUGCCUCUAUCGGGCAUAGAUUUUCAUUUGCGGCCAGAAUCACCAUGUUCGAGUUUCAGCCGGUCGCAUCUGCGAUUCCACUCACCUAACGACUUCACUAGUCACGGAGCAGAAGCCCACCAUGACCAUCACGACCUAUUCGGCGACCAGCAAGCCAACACCCGAUUUUGGCAGCAUGGCCCGUGGGCCGCUGGCGAUGGUAACACGCCCAACGAAGAGAGUCGACCGUUCUUUGGCCCUCAUGAACGGCUGAAGCAUGACUAUGCCUCUUCCGACAUUUCGCUAGGCCGUGGUGGUCCGGGUUCUCUGCACUCCGUCGACAUGGCUGGCUUUGGCCUCGACAACCCGGACGAUCUCUGCGCGGGUCUCAGCCCUUGA